CCUGCGACAGAAAAACAAGCGAGAAUAGGUCGAGCAGUAUAUUGUCAGUCCACGUUUUAAACGGAAAACAAACUGUGAAACACACGGCUAUGUGGAUUUAAACGUUAUUUUUGUCGCUUUCACGCGGGCUUAGUUACUUAUUGUUUGCUAGUCGGGUUUCUUCAUUUUUUCUUGUUGAGUGUGUCGCCGUUUGCCCAUUCUCACUGGAGUGAACACUAAGGGGGACUCCAUGAAAGAUGACAGAGGAGGUGAUUGUUGUAGCCAAGUGGGACUACACGGCCCAGCAGGACCAGGAACUUGACAUCCGUAAAAACGAGCGUCUCUACCUCCUGGACGACUCAAAGACCUGGUGGCGUGUCCGCAAUGGUUCCAACCAAACGGGUUACGUGCCAUCAAACUAUGUUGAGCGCAAGAACAGCCUGAAGAAAGGUUCGCUGGUGAAGAACAUCAAAGACACGCUGGGUUUGGGAAAAACUAAGAGGAAGACGAGCGCCCGCGAUGCUUCCCCAACUCCGAGCUCAGACACAGAAUAUCCUUCCAAUGGCAGCGGGGGCGGAGGGAUGGGAGGAGGAGGAGGAGCUGCGGAGAGAAUCUACGACCUCAACAUCCCUGCUGUGGUCAAAUUUGCCUACUCACCAGAGAGGGAAGACGAGCUGACCUUAGUGAAGGGCUCCAAGGUCAUCGUGAUGGAGAAGUGCAGCGAUGGUUGGUGGCGGGGCAGCCAGGGGGGCCGGGUGGGCUGGUUUCCCUCCAAUUACGUCCAGGAGGAGAUGGGAGGAGCAGAUGACAGAGGGGAGGGAGAUUCUUCACUGGGUUACCAAGGAGGCUCUCAAGGGACUUUGUUGGCCAACGGGCGCGCUGGUGGCCGUGCUGAGGUGCUCCAUCUGGUUCAAACACUCUACCCCUUCAGCUCUGUGACCGAGGAGGAGCUGAACUUUGAAAAGGGAGAGGUCAUGGAGGUGGUGGAGAAGCCAGAGAAUGACCCAGAGUGGUGGAGGUGUAAAAACUCGCUUGGCAUGGUGGGCCUGGUACCUAAAAAUUAUGUGAUGGUGCUGGACGAGCGGCCCGGUCUGCACUCUACCAUGUCGAGCUCCCCGCAGAACCGCUUCGUGGUACCAGCACGCUCAGGGAAGUUCGCUGGGAGAGACUGGUACUACGGCAACAUCACCAGACACCAGGCCGAGAGCAUACUCAAUGAGAGGGGAGAGGAGGGUGACUUCCUCAUACGAGACAGCGAGUCAUCGCCCAGUGAUUUCUCAGUGUCUCUGAAGGCUGUGGGUAAGAAUAAGCACUUUAAAGUGCAGCUGACAGAGGGAGUGUACUGUAUUGGCCAGCGCAGGUUCAACUCCAUGGAUGAACUACUGGAGCACUACAAGAAAGCCCCCAUUUUCACCAGCGAACAUGGAGAGAAGCUGUACCUGGUCAAAGCACUGCUGUGAUUCACACAUCCUCACACUUACACUGGAUCUCUCUCUCUCACACAUACACACACACAA